AUGUCCCGCCGGCCCUUCACUACGAGCUCAACUUACACGCUCGCGCACACAGCACAAUGUAAACUAAAGCUAGCGGCAAACCGACCUGAUCGGAAUCUUCGAUUCGUGCUCGGCCACGCAUUCACGCUCGACAAUCUAAUGCUUCGAAUAGUGGAGAUCGAGAACCGCAGCGCCAAGUCUCUGUUCGAGGAGGGCAAAGCACCCAGCAACCACGGCGCAGACGAGCAUUACGACUGCACGGCAGCAAAUCCGGUGUCCGCAGAGCCCGAACCUCAUUACGACUGUGCUGCUGCACAACCCGAGCCCGCGAAAUCAGCCAACAAUGACGGAAGGGGCAGGAGGAUAAGUUUCCAGGAUAACAAUGCUCGGCCGUCCAGCAUCGGGACGGCGGGCGUGGCGUCGAAUAACAACAGAAAUGGCACAUCUUCGCCAGCGCGGAAACAGUCUCCCCCGCCAGUGCCCAUUUCACAAGACAAAUACCUCUCCGACGACGACGAGGACGAUACCUCGUCAGACGACUACGAUGAACCGGACAGUUAUCUAUAUAACUGUGAAGCCGCAGGGCCAGAACCGGAGAAACCAGCAGUGAAGCGGCGGCCGAUUCACGAUGCGUAUUCCGACGAAGAGGAUGCAGCAUUAGACUUGGCCGACGACGAAUUAGACGACGACCUGGGUGGCCUCUCGCUUACACGCUUCCAAAGUGCAUCGGCGCAACCUCCACGGAUGGUUCGCUCGGAUUCUUCGAGCUCUGAAGAAGACCUGGGAGAGGGGCCGGUGACGCCGCCACAAUUGCCCGUCGACGUGGAUGUGCGGGAUCUCAUCAGUGGUGAGAAGGACGCCGAGUUGGAGGAUUUGUAUGAGAGUGUGAGGAGGUGUGGUUGUCAUGGGCACCAGGAGGACCCGGAGUUGGGACGCAAGGCGCACGGGGUGUGGGACAUCCCGGUAGAGAAGGCAGGUGGGAAGCAUUUGGCUGUUGUGGCUGUCGCGGGCUGA